AUGUCGGUUUCAACUUCAAUAGAUUAUGAUAAUAAUGAACCAUUGCUUACUACAACCACUCCUUUAUCCAGCUGUACUUUGACCAUUAGAGUCAUCAAAUCUUUCCCAUAUAGAAAUGUGAAAAACAUUAUUUUAAAAGAAUACAAUCUAGACACUAAAACACCCAAGCAGUUAUACGAAGAUGCACUCAAAUAUAUUCAAACUACUGCAGGAUUUAGACCAUUUAGAACUGUGAAAUAUGAUACAAUGAAAGUUUACACCCAUGCCCAUGGUUCUAAAACAGUCAAUUUGGUCAUCAAUUUUGAUCAUGAUAAUGAUCCUAAGUGGGUCCUGGAUGUUAACGAAGAUAACAAGAAGUUGGUUGAUUAUGAUAUUCAAAACGAAACAGAAAUAUCAUUGUAUGUAUUGAAUGAUUACUUAGCGUAUAAAGAAAAUCCAGAAGAAAAAUGGUAA